AUGGCUUUUGUGAAGUAUGACAUUGAGUUCACUUUGUCAACUUUCAAUCACAUUUUAACCUCUCACCUUGACAUUGGAGCGUCUAGUCAAAGCCCUGACAGUGGAGCGUCUAGUCAAAGCACUGACAGUGGAGCGUCUAGUCAAAGCACUGACAGUGGAGCGUCUAGUCAAAGUACUGACAGUGGAGCGUCUAGUCAAAGCACUGACAGUGGAGUGUCUAGUCAAAGCACUGACAAUGAAGGGUCUAGUCAAAGCACUGACAGUGGAGCGUCUAGUCAAAGCACUGACAGUGGAGCGUCUAGUCAAAGCACUGACAGUGGAGCGUCUAGUCAAAGCACUGACAGUGGAGCGUCUAGUCAAAGUACUGACAGUGGAGCGUCUAGUCAAAGCACUGACAAUGGAGCGUCUAGUCAAAGCACUGACAGUGGAGCGUCUAGUCAAAGUACUGACAGUGGAGCGUCUAGUCAAAGCACUGAGCGUCUAGUCAAAGCACUGACAAUGAAGGGUCUAGUCAAAGUACUGACAGUGGAGCUUCUAGUCAAAGCACUGACAGUGGAGCGUCUAGUCAAAGUACUGACAGUGGAGCGUCUAGUCUAA